AUGGCGGAGGAGGAGGAGGAGGAGGAGGAGGAGGAGGACGCAGGGAAGGCUCCGAGGCUCCGAGGGCAGCCGGCCCCCCAGAGCCUCGGCCUCGCUGGUGCCCCGAGCCCGCAGCUCCUCGUGGAGCCCCCCUGGAGGCCGGCGGUGCUGUGGGACCGGGUGACACUGACCUGCCGGGGCUCGGGGACCGCCGGGGACACCACCUGGUACAAGGACGGGCGGCGAUGGCGACAGAAGGGACCCGAGAGCUUCACUGUCACCGAGAGUGGCACCUACCAGUGUUACGGAGCCGGCACCGGGUGCAGCCCCCCCGUGCAGGUUGUAAAUGUCACGCCAGUGCUGCAGGUGCCGGCGUGGCCGCUGCUGGAGGGGGACACGGUGACACUGCGCUGCCGGAGCCGGCGGGACAAACCGGUCACCGGGGUGCGGUUCUACCAUGGGGAGGAGAAAUUGGGGGAACCCCUGCGGGGGUCCGAGCUGUCCCUGUCCCCGCUGAGGCUGCAGCACAGCGGCCGCUACCGCUGCCAGACCCGGUGGAUUUUCUGGUCCUCGUGGUCCCCAGAGUGGGAACAGUCGGAUCCGGUGUCAGUGACAGUGCACGAGCUCUUCCCGGUGCCGGUGCUGGAGGCUCCGGCCGAGCUGAUCGCGGGGUCCCCCCUGAAGCUCAGCUGCCUCAGCAGCCGCAGCCCCCUGCGGCCCCUCACCCCCCUCGUGCACCGCUUCUACCGGGACGGGCGGGAGCUGGGGGGCCCGCAGGGGUCCCCGCAGCUGCUGCUGCCCGCCCUGGGGGUCUCCGGCUCGGGGAAUUACAGCUGCGAGGUGCAGAGCCAGGGGGGGGCCGUGCGGAAGAGCAGCGCCCCGCUCCGCGUCACGGUGCUCGCGGUCCCGCCCUCGGGGGUGUCCGUGUGGGCGCAGCCCCCCGGGGCACAGGUGGCACUGGGGGACCCCCUGGUGCUGAAGUGCGCGGUGGCCGCGGGGACAGGUCCCCUGUCCUUCUCCUGGCACCGGGAGGGCUCGGGGACACCGCUGGGCACCGGCCCCCGCCUGCAGCUGCGGCGCCUUGGGGACAAUGACAGCGGCCAGUACCGGUGCCGGGUCAGCGACGGGGACAGCGUGGCCGAGAGUGUCCCCCUGAAUGUCACCGUCCUGGUGCCCGUGGCCAAUGCCACCAUCAGCCCCGGUGCCCUGGGCCAGCAGGUGCGCGCAGGUGAGCCCGUGAGGCUGCGCUGCUCGGUGCAGGUGGGCUCAGCCCCUGUCACCUUCACCUGGCUGCGCCACGGCCGGGAGGUGGCCCGGGGUCCCCUGCUGGAGCUCGCCCACGUCGGGCUGGCACAUUCGGGCACCUACCAGUGCGUGGCCACCAACCAGCUGGGACAGGACGGGCACCGCGUGUUCCGGGCACUCAGCCCCGAGCUGCUCCUGGAGGUGACAGCGGGGGGACACGGCGACACAGUGGCUGUGAAUGUCAGCAGGACCCUCGUGCUCCUGCUCCUGCUCCUGGCUGCCAUCGGGGGCUGUCACUGGUGGCACCGCCGGGCUGCCCGGAAAUCCCAGGACAGGGCCCCCCUGGAGCUGCUGGACACCCCCACCGUGGGCACCGAGCGGGCAGGGGGGGUCCCCCAAACUGUCCCACCCAAGGACCCCCAGGUGACACACGCAGAGCAACUGCAGGACACCUGUGACAUCUACGAGAACAUGCUGUGACACUGGGGACACGAGGAACCCCAAGGCUCCCGUGGCUGUCCCUCCUGCCUGGGGUGAUGAUCCCGAGUCAGGGGGGGCUGCCCAGUGCUCCCCUUUCCCCCUCCCAGUGC